UGGUGAAUAAUGCGGGGCCACGCUGAAAAUUUGUGACAGAGCUGGACCCUCGUCAUCACCACGCACUUUGUCACUGAGACAGGGUAACCCAUGGUAACUAAGCUCCUGCGGUGAAGGGGCAGAGAGCCUCGCCAGCCUAUCGCUCUAUAAAAGGGAGCCAGCAAAGGGACCCUACCAGCUGCUGGCUCUCAGCCGGGGCAGGUGCAGGAAGGAGAGCCCGGUUCUGGGGGCAGAGCUCACAGCGCACGAAGGAAGGCCAGCAUGCCACCCAGCCACAAACUCCAGUGUCACUUCGUCCUCCUCGUCCUGGCGGCUCUGAGAGGGGACAGCCGGUACCUGGAGCUGCAAGAUGCCGCGGACUACGACCCCUUCCUGCUCUUCAGCGCCAGCCCGAAGCGGGACCUGGCCGGGGAGCAGCAGUACCGCCGCGCGCUGCGGUGCCUGGACAUGCUGAGCCUGCCGGGCCAGUUCACGUUCACCGCUGCGCGGCCGCAGCUGCACUGCGCCGCCUUCUUCAUCGGCGAGGCAGAGGAGCUGCUGUCCAUCCGCUUCGACCUGGUGUCCAUCGACUGCACGCGCGGGGACUUCCUGAAGGUAUUCGAUGGCUGGAUCCUCAAGGGGGAGAAAUUCCCCAGCUCCCAGGAUCAUCCUGUCCCCACCACUGAUCGGUACACAGACUUCUGUGAGAGUGGUUUCAGCCCAAGGAGCAUUAGAUCCUCCCAGAAUGUGGCCAUGAUUCUCUUCCGGGUCCAUGAACCAGGAAAUGGAUUCACAGUAACCAUAAAGACAGAUCCCAACCUCUUUCCUUGCAAUGUCAUCUCUCAGACACCGAAUGGAAGGUUUACCCUGGUCAUUCCUCGCCAGCAUCGGAACUGCAGCUUCUCCAUCAUUUAUCCAGUGUCGAUCAAAAUAUCAGAUCUCACCCUGGGACAUGUGCAUGGUCUUCAGUUAAAAAAACCCUCAGCAGGCUGUGGGGGAACCGGAGACUUUGUGGAGCUGCUGGGAGGAGCUGGCCUGGAUCCCUCCAAGAUGAUGCCUUUAGCUGAUCUCUGUUACCCCUUUCAUGGCCCUGCCCAGAUGAAGAUUGGCUGUGACAACUCUGUGGUGCGCAUGGUCUCCAGUGGAAAACACAUCAAUCGUGUGACAUUUGAGUAUCACCAGCUGGCACCAUAUGAACUGGGGAACCCAACUGGAAACAGCAUCCCAGAAUCCUGUUCAUCUGGUCUUUAAAUACAACCAGCUCCAUGACUGCCAUGCUGCUAGCUAAGUGAAUUCUCAAAGGCUCUUGUACGUAAUUCUGAUGACCAGAUAGUGAAAAGUCUUUCAUACCACUCAGUAUUCCUGGCUAUGAACACACACACACACACACACACACACACACAUACGCACACAUGCACACAAACAUACACAACCACAUAUUGUUUUGUUAUCUUGCUUCCUUUUUGCUUGUAAGGUAUCUCUGACCCAUGAAGAAAAUGAGCUCCAGUGGUAAACAAUGUGUUUUAGUUGUAAAUGUUUGUAGUUCUUUGGCAUGUUACAAACCUGUACUGGUAAGACAGGUAUAAAGCAAUGGGCAAUGAAUGUUGGCACCUCAACGAAAAAAUACUGCCAAGGAAGGAAAAUGGUAGCAUUCAUAGUUUUAUUACAGAGAAAAUUUCAAAGUCUGGUGUAUACCAAAGGAGUUGCAUCUGUCUAUUUUUUGUUUAUAAUUCUGUUUACAAUAGAUAGAAGUUGUAACUAUUAUUUAUUUAUAAUUGUUUAUAACAAAACUUUGUAGCAUGGAAAAAUUUUUCUGUCUUGCUUACUUUUCUCUUAUUGCUGAAAUAAAAUACUCGAUCCCCAAAA